GCGAAGCAUGAGGGGUGGGGCUGGGCUUCUGUGAGCGAAGUAAAGUACUGUUUUUUCCCUCUGCGCUUUCCGUGAGAAAAGUUGGUUGGAGAGGGUCAAAGAGAUGGCGCCCUUUAGAAUUUAAAAAACUGAGACUUAGAAAAAAUUCUUGUUUGGAGUCACAUACAGUUGUAAUGGAAGAGCUGGAUGCAAUCACAGAUAGAAAAGCUGACCACCAUGCCUGUGGGUGUGAUAUAUGCAUCUGUAAGUGUGCAUAUGGCCAAAGAAGAGGAAUCCAAAAAGCAGCUAGUGAGACCAGAGCAGCUCUCCAUAUAUACUGUGCCACCUCUUCAGUCUAAAUAUGUUGAAGAGCAGCCUGGGUAUUUACAAAUGGGCUUUGCAUCCAUUCACACUACAACUGGUUGUUAUAUUGGCUGGUGCAAGAGUAUUUAUGUCUUUGUGAAAAAUGGGGUAAUGGAUACAGUACAGUUUGGAAAGGAUGCAUAUGUCUAUCUGAAGAACCCUCCUCGAGAUUUUCUUCAAAAAUUGGGAGUGAUUACAGUUUCAGGAUUGGCAGGCCUGGUUUCAGCAAGAAAAGGUUCUAGGUUUAAGAAAAUUGCUUAUCCAUUAGGACUGGCUACUUUAGGAGCAGCUGUUUGCUACCCAGUUCAGUCAGUAAUAAUUGCAAAGGUAACUGGAAAAAAAGCAUAUGCUACAAGCCAGCAAAUUUAUGAAGCAGUUAAAUCAUUGUGGACAAAAAGCACCAAAAAAGAAUCACUCCCUGAGCCUAAUGGAAAAACUAAGCUAGGAAUCUCUGACGAAACAGAAAUACCUGCAGAAACAACUCACAUCCUGAAACAUUCAGUGCCUUUGCCAACAGAAUUCAGUUCUGGAACAGUGAUAAAAUCAGAACCCACCUCAGGUGCUACCAUGUUUAUGCCUGACCCCAAACUCAUGGAUCAUGGGCAAUCCUAUCCAGAAGAUGAAGAUAUGUACAGCACUAGAAGCUGAAAUCGACUGCAUAAAGAACUACAAAAUGUGGGAAGUUGCAAAUAAUGAUGAAAAAAAUCAUGUGAUGGGUAACUGACAUACACAAUAUAACUUAAAUGAAGUUUUUCCUUGACAUCUUCCGAUGUACAGUUUGACCAGUCAUAUAAGUGAUUAACACAAAGUCUGAAUGCAAGCCAAACUAUUAAAUGAUUGAUUGAUACAGGUUGAAAUAUUAGUUCGCUGAUUUGAUGAGUUUCAGUGAUUUAUUAGAAA